AUGGAAAAUUGUGAAAGGUCUGAAGAGAUGCAAGAUAAUUAUCAGAGAAAUGGAACUUUUCAAGAACAACCUCCUAAAUCAAGGAAGCAAGCUGUUGGUGCUAUUGAGAUAUUCCGCUUUGCUGAUGGCAUGGAUAUCACCCUCAUGGCCCUGGGAAUCCUGGCAUCUUUGCUGAACGGAGCCUGUCUCCCAUUACUGUCACUGAUUUUAGGUGAAAUGAGUGACUACCUUAUUAGUGGAUGUCUAGUCCAAACCAACACAACAAAUUAUCGGAACUGUACUAAAACUCAAGAGAAGCUGAAUGAAGAUAUGCUCAUGCUGACUCUGUAUUAUGUAUGCAUAGGAGUGACGGCCCUGGUAUUUGGCUAUCUACAGAUUUCCUUUUGGGUUACAACUGCAGCACGCCAGACCAAGAGAAUUCGAGAACAGUUUUUCCACUCCAUUUUGGCUCAGGACAUCAGCUGGUUCGACGGCUGUGACAUCGGCGAACUUAACACGCGCAUGACCGAGGACAUCAACAAAAUCAGCGAUGGUAUUGGAGACAAGAUUGCUCUGUUGUUUCAAAACAUGUCGACCUUUACUAUUGGCCUGGCGGUUGGCUUGAUGAAGGGCUGGAAACUCACCUUGGUGACUCUGUCCACAUCGCCUCUUAUAAUGGCUUCAGUGGCAGUGUGUUCUAGAAUGGUCAUCUCCUUGACCAGCGAGGAGCUGAGUGCCUAUGCCAAGGCCGGAGCCGUCGCAGAGGAAGUCCUGUCGUCUAUCCAAACAGUCAUAGCCUUUGGAGGCCAGGAGAAGGAAAUCCAAAGGUAUACCCAGAACCUUCAAGAUGCAAAGGAUGUUGGUAUAAAAAAGGCUAUCGCUUCCAAACUGUCCCUGGGGGCCGUGUAUUUUUUUAUGAAUGGAACCUACGGGCUGGCUUUUUGGUAUGGAACCUCCUUGAUUCUUAGUGAAGAACCUGGCUACACCAUCGGGACCGUGCUUGCUGUUUUCUUCAGUGUAGUUCACAGUAGUUACUGCGUUGGAGCCGCUGCCCCACACUUUGAAAACUUUAUAGCUGCCCGGGGAGCUGCCUUUAAUAUUUUCCAGGUUAUUGACAAAAUACCCAGUAUAGAUAACUUUUCAACAACUGGAUAUAAACCUGAAUGCAUAGAAGGAACUGUAGAAUUCAAAGAUGUCUCUUUUAGUUAUCCAUCAAGACCAUCCAUCAAGGUUCUGAAAGGUCUGAAUCUCAAGGUCAAGUCUGGAGAGACAGUGGCCUUGGUGGGCCCGAGUGGCAGUGGGAAGAGCACCGUGGCCCAGCUUCUGCAGAGGCUCUAUGACCCUGAUGACGGUUUUAUAACAGUGGAUCAGAAUGACAUCAGAGCCCUAAACGUGCGGCACUACCGGGAGCAGAUUGGAGUGGUGAGCCAGGAGCCCAUGCUGUUCGGGACGACCAUCAGGAACAAUAUUAAGUUUGGACGAGACGGAGUGACUGACGAGGAGAUCGAGAGAGCAGCCAAGGAGGCCAACGCGUACGACUUCAUCAUGGAGUUCCCGCAGAAAUUUAACACGUUGGUAGGGGAAAAAGGAGCUCAAAUGAGUGGAGGGCAGAAACAGAGGAUUGCAAUUGCGCGAGCUUUAGUUCGAAACCCCAAAAUCUUGAUCUUAGAUGAGGCUACUUCCUCGCUCGAUACCGAGAGUGAAUCAGUUGUUCAAGCUGCGCUGGAGAAGGCAAGCAAAGGCCGGACAACAAUUGUAGUAGCUCACCGACUUUCUACUAUUCGAGGGGCAGAUCUGAUUGUCACAAUAAAGGAUGGGAUGGUGGUGGAGAAAGGAACACACGCUGAACUAAUAGCAAAGCAAGGCCUGUACUAUUCACUUGCAAUGUCCCAGGAUAUUCAAAAAGCUGAUGAAAACACGGAGUCCACCACGUGUUCCACUGAAAGAGACACCAGCACUUUGUCUCUGGGUGCUGCAAACAGCAUCCAGCCGGACUGCUCAGGCAAGGCUGAAGAACCCACCUGCAACAAACAGAGACGUCUUCCUGAAGUUCCUCUAUUGAAAAUUUUUAAACUAAACAAGUCUGAAUGGCCCUUUGUGGUCCUGGGGACCUUAGCUUCUGUGCUAAACGGAUCUGUUCAUCCUGUCUUUUCGAUCGUCUUUGCCAAAAUGGUAACGAUGUUUGAACAUGAUAACAAAACCACAUUAAAGCAUGAUGCCGAACUUUAUGCUAUGAUUUUCGUCAUUUUGGGCAUUAUUUGCUUUGUCAGUUAUUUCAUGCAGGGUUUGUUUUAUGGCAGAGCGGGGGAAAUUUUGACCAUGAGAUUAAGACAACUGGCAUUCAAAGCCAUGUUAUAUCAGGCAAUAAAUACAAGAAUUGGUGUCCUAACACAAAAUGCAACAAAUAUGGGGCUGUCCGUGAUCAUCUCCUUUAUAUACGGGUGGGAGAUGACUCUCUUGAUUCUGAGUAUUGCACCAGCACUCACUUUAACGGGAAUGAUUGAAACUACAGCGGUGACUGGUUUUGCCAACAAGGAUAAACAAGAACUGAAGCGUGCUGGAAAGAUAGCGACUGAAGCCGUGGAGCACAUUCGGACUAUUGUGUCGCUAACAAGGGAAAAGGCCUUUGAGCAGGUGUAUGAAGAGACACUUCAAACCCAACACAGAAAUAGCCUGAAGAAAGCCCAGAUCAUUGGAAGCUGCUAUGCCUUCAGCCAUGCCUUUGUGUAUUUUGCCUAUGCAGCUGGGUUUCGAUUUGGAGUUUACUUAGUUCAAGCUGGGCGCAUGACGCCAGAGGGCAUGUUCAUAGUUUUCACUGCAAUUGCCUAUGGAGCCAUGGCCAUGGGAGAAACACUUGUUCUGGCCCCUGAGUAUUCCAAAGCUAAAUCCGGAGCUGCUCAUCUAUUUGCUUUGUUGGAAAAGAAACCAACGAUAGACAGCUACAGUCAAAAAGGGAAAAAAACACACACCUGCGAAGGGAACUUAGAGUUCCGAGAAGUCUCUUUCUUCUACCCGUGUCGCCCAGAUGUCCUCAUCCUGCGUGGCUUGUCCCUCUGCAUUGAGAAAGGGAAGACCGUAGCAUUUGUUGGGAGCAGCGGCUGUGGGAAAAGCACCUCAGUGCAGCUUCUGCAGAGAUUUUAUGACCCCGUGAGAGGAAUUGUGCUAUUUGACGGCGUAGAUGUAAGAGAAUUGAAUGUUCAAUGGCUCCGUUCCCAAAUAGCCACGGUUUCUCAGGAGCCCGUGCUCUUCAACUGCAGCAUCGCCGAAAACAUUGCCUACGGUGACAAUAGCAGAGCUGUGCCUUUAGAUGACAUAAAAGAAGCUGCCAGUGCAGCAAAUAUUCACUCUUUCAUUGAAGGUCUCCCUGAGAAAUACAACACCCAAGUUGGACUGAAAGGAGCACAGCUUUCUGGCGGCCAGAAACAAAGACUGGCUAUUGCAAGGGCUCUUCUCCGAAAGCCAAAAAUUUUACUCUUGGAUGAGGCCACUUCCGCCCUUGAUAAUGAGAAUGAAAAGGUGGUUCAGCAGGCUCUUGAUAAAGCCAGGAAAGGGAGGACGUGCCUAGUGGUGGCUCACAGACUCUCUACCAUACAGAAUGCCGAUCUCAUCGUGGUUAUGCACAAUGGAAAGAUAAAAGAACAGGGAACUCACCAGGAGCUACUAAGAAAUCGUGAUAUGUAUUUCAAAUUAGUAAAUGCACAGUCAGUGCGCUGA